GUCUCUACGUUUGUUAAGUAGACAGACCACCAACAAGCGUCGAUCUCUGCCGGCUUUAGUGGCAUCCUUUAGUGGCAUUCCUCUUCCCUCGGAAGCAAACCCCACCCGGCGGGCCUCGCACGUUGGGCUGUUUGCUAGUGAUUGCUAGCCCUGUCCGUGCCCGUGUUAUGAUUCUGCCAGUAUCUAUCGCCCUUUUGCUCCCCUUCUGACAACCCAACGAUGAUCGCGGCUUGGCAUCACCGGGCGAGAAUCACAAUCCGCAUCCGCGCUCUUCCGUGCUGUAUGAACUGCCCGGGCGGCAUAAACACCGUCCAUGCGCUUCUCGUCACCUUUUCUUACAUCCACGCACCUCCCGUCUACAGGCACACCUGUCCUUCCCGGAGAUCUCUCGCAUUACACCAUUCAAUCAUUGUCGAGCCUCUUUCUCUAGUUAAGUUAAGUUUUAUAAAUCGGAUACAUGUUGCGGUCUUGUCGUUGACGUCAUGGCAUGGUUCCUCCAGAUUGCUUGAUAGAAGUAAAAUCCACAACAUGGUUACAAUUGUCUAUGAGGAUGAGAAUGAAAGUGGAUGUUACUAUUGUCCUUUAGUGAAUGUCACUGUCCUGGUGUGUCUAUCUACCAACAGGAUCAGACUGCGCAGCAAUCAUUGCCAUAUUGGACUGCUGGACAUCCGUGCUGUCAAGCCGACACACAAACCAAAUGGGACCCGCCAUAAAAAUUAGGCCUGAUAAGAUCGACCCGAUCCCAUGACCUCGCUUUCGGCCCAUCCGGCUCAAUCGGCUUACUUUACACUCUUCAGGUUUCCAUGUCUUUGUCUGGCGGCAUUUGCACGAAGGCUGCCGC